UUUAUUGACCCACAAAAGCGCACAUACCAAACCCGAACCAACGAAACCGUGAUUGCCUUAACUUAACCGCCUAAACAUGGCAAUCGGAAAACUGAAUUAGUUGCACGUGGCGGGCGAUAUGCCUAUUCGCCGUCUCCACCUCCACCAAUAGCUGAAUCGAACUAUCUUCAAUUUUCUUCUUCUCACCGUUCCACUUCUGGGGAGAAGACAUGUUCAAUACAAUAUCCCGGCGUUGCUUUUGCACCGUCGCUCCUCGCCCUUGGCUUUUCGUUGGAUUGGGCAAUCCCGGCGACAAAUACAAAGGAACUCGACACAAUGUAGGCUUUGAGAUGAUUGAUGCAUUUGCUGAAUCACAAGGGAUUGACAUGAAUACGGUUCAUUGCAAAGCCAUUUUUGGAAAAGGUUUUGUUGGUGAAGUUCCCGUUUUCCUUGCAAAGCCUCAAACUUACAUGAAUCUCAGUGGCGAAUCGGCAGGACCGCUGGCUGCUUAUUAUAAGUUACCCCUUAAUCAAGUGCUUGUUUUCCAUGAUGACAUGAACCUGCCAUGUGGGGUGCUUCGUCUUCAGGACAAAGGGGGUCAUGGAAGCCAUAAAGGGCUAAAGAGUGUUAUUUAUCACUUCAGAGAUAAUAGUGAAUUUCCUCGUCUAAGAAUUGGGAUUGGGAAGCCUCCUGGACAAAUGGAUCCUAAAGCAUUUUUGCUUCAAAAGUUUAAUGUAACAGCUAGACAACGAAUUGACGAGGCUUUGCAUGAGGGGAUUGAUGCCUUGAAGCUCCUUCUAUCUAAAGGUUUGGAAGUGAGUGCAAAGAGGUUCAACAAAGAACAGAAAUAUAAGCACUUAAGAGUGCAGACAUUACCAGUUUGGUAGGAUUCCGUGAUUGCAAGUUGCAUUAUAAAUAUGGAUUCCUCUUCACACUAGUAAUGGUUUCUUAAUGAUGAAUACAAUGGUCACAAGAAAAAUAAAUGUGCAUAUACACCAUUUCACUACUUCACACACCAAUCUGUUGGGUGAGUAGAAUGAUCACAUGGGGAUCCAUUAUAGGGAGCAGGGUAAGGGAGUAUGAACUUUUUUAUUUUAUUUUAAUUGAAGCAACUAACUUGCAAUUAUAUUAUCAAGCUGUAUAUGUUGAUCCAAC